CAAUAAACACUGCAAUAAUAAUUCUGAUGAGUCCUUUCUAGUGUUUCAUAUAGUCCAAGUAAUAAAUGAAUAGAAUAAAAACAGCAUCUUGUAAGGAGGGGAGGCACUACACCAAAGGUUGAAAUUUGUCAGAUGGGGUUCUUAUUGUACGCUUACUACAGUUACAAGACACCGUCUCAGAUUUCAGACCCCCAGAAGUAAUCUGAUUCCAGAGACUUCAAUUCCCUCCACCGGAAAAGGUGGAGGUGAUACUAUAAAAGAUAUUCCAAAGCAGGUAUUGCAGAAAAGGCAGCAAAGGUAAGAAGAAGGGAAAUCUGGAAAGCAUUAUGAAACAGGAAACAAUCUCAAGAGAUCAUGAAUAUAUCAUCUUUUAUGCUACAAGUGGCAGUUCUGGAUCGAUUCCUUGAUAGGAUUUCUUGUUUGAUGAUUUAGAGAUAGGCCUUGGAAGUCAGUGAUUGGAAGGAACAGUUGUUUGUGAUUUGGAGAGGUUUUGUUGAAAAUACAGAGCUUCAGAUUGAUUGGUUGGUUGGUUGUGAUUGGAUUUUAGUAAUAAUCGCUGCUUUGGUGAGAGGUGUUGUAUAGUUUGUAAACUUAUCACCCACAUUGGUUUGGUAUUAGUUCAUAAACUAAAUACCAACAAUUAUUCCAUUUCACAUUUGAAUCUUAACCAUGAAUAUUCCAAUCGCAAUCUUCCUUGCAUCAACUGCAAUCUUUCUUUUCCACUUCAUCAGGUUGAAAACCUGCAAACGAAGCAAAGAAAUUCUCCCUCCAGGUCCAAGGCCAUGGCCAAUUGUUGGUUGUGUGCCACAAAUGUGGAGGAACAGGCCAGCCUAUAAAUGGGUACAUAGCAUUUUGGAAGAAUUCAACACGGACAUUGCCUGCAUAAAAUUAGGAAAUGUUCAUGUCAUCGCAGUGAAAUCACCAGAAAUUGCCCGGGAGUUUUUGAAGAAAAAUGAUGCAGUUUUUGCAUCAAGACCUGUUACAAUGGCCACCCAUAUUUUAAGCAGUGGCUACGUGACCACAGGUGUUGUGCCUUGGGGAAGCCAGUGGAAGAAAAUGAGAAGGGUCUUGAUUGCUGAUGUGUUCAAUCAGUCUAGGGUUCACUGGCUACUUGGUCAAAGAAAUGAAGAAGCUGAUAAUCUUGUUAAGUUCCUAUAUAAUCAGUGCUCGGUGAAUCCGAAUGGUUCAGUAGUGAAUGUGAGGACUGCAGCCCUAUUUUACUCAGGAGGUGUCAUGAGAAGGAUGAUUUUCAACUCAAGGUACUUUGGCAAAGGGAGAGAGGAUGGGGGGCCUGGUUUGGAAGAGGAAGAACACGUAUCCGCUCUUUUGACCAUGCUCUUGCAUGUGUACGCAUUCUGUGUAUCGGAUUAUCUUCCGUGGCUUAGAGUGUUUGACAUAGGCGGCCAUGAGAAAAAGGUGAGAGAUGCUUUGAAGAUUACCAAACAUUAUCAAGACCCUGUUAUAAACGAGAGAUUACAACAAUGGAGAGAUGGGAAAAGGACGAAGCCUGCGGACCUGCUUGAUGUUUUCAUUUCACUCAAAGAUGCAAAUGGACAGCCUUUACUCUCUAGUGAAGAAAUCAAAGCGCAAAUCACAGAACUGCAGCUUGCAACAGUGGAUAAUCCUUUCAAUGCAGGAGAGUGGGCUCUAUCGCAAAUGCUGAACCAGCCUGAGAUGCUUAAGAAAGCAGAAGAAGAACUAGAUAGGGUGGUGGGAAAGCAUAGGCUUGUUCAAGAGUCUGAUAUCCCUAAGCUCCCUUACAUAAUGGCUUGCUCAAGAGAAGCCCUUAGGUUGCAUCCAGUUGCACCAUUUAACCUACCCCAUGUGUCUAAUGCAGAUGCUGUAGUUGCAGGCUACUUCAUCCCAAAGGGGAGUGCUGUUCUCCUCAGUCGUUUAGGCCUCGGGCGCAAUCCUGAAGUUUGGGAAAAUCCAUUGAGAUUCAACCCGGAACGCCAUCUGAAUGGAGAUGCUGAUCAACAAGUUGAACUGGAAGAGCAUGAGCUGAGAUUCAUUACGUUCUCUACCGGAAGGAGAGGAUGCAUGGGUGGUUCGCUAGGGACUACCAUAACCGUAAUGCUCCUUGCAAGGCUUCUACAAGGGUUUACGUGGAGCAUGCCACCCAAUGUAGACAAGAUUGACCUCACUGAGGCUCUAUCUCUCUUCAAAGCCAACCCCUUGUAUGCACAUGCUAAACAGCGGUUGCCUGCAACUCUAUACUUGGUUUAGUGACCAUGCAUAGAUAAUUUGCCGUUAAUUAAAAAGUAAUUAUGGCGUAUUUUUUAUGCAAGCAAUAAAUGAGAUGUUUAUUAUUA